UACGACACACUCACCGGUGUCGACCACCCUCCGCACAACGCGGUCGACACUCACGCCGACAUCCCACAACUCCGAGACACGCCUCUUCUCUUUCUCGGCCGCCCACCAUGAAAGGUCUCAAGAAGACACUGCUUCGCAGUAAAUCCCAGGACUCGUCCUCCAAGAACAAGGAGCCCAAACCGUCUGCGACUGCAAUCGCAAACGCCUCGCCUCCCCCUCCUCCACCGAACAGUGCGAAACCAUUACCGCAGCCGAGUUCGGCCGUCGCGAGCUUGAACCAUGUCAGCAACAGCAGUCACUCGCUCCCGUCCUCGAAUGGCUCCGUCAGUCGUGCAUCUACCGCCUCUCUUUCCUCUCAGAGCAGCGAUCGAAGGUAUGGCGGGCCGGACAGGGCAUCGCCAGCACCGCCUAUCGUGGUCGUCAGUCCCGACGCUUCGAAUGACGCGCAGGAGAGGCAACCGUUCGUGCUGGAGUCCUCGGGCGGUCCAACCACCCCUCCCCGGGCGAACCUGAACCGCCUGCGUCCGACUGGUCCGAAGGACACCAUCCCUAUGGUGGGCAAGCCCCCUAGGAAGCAGAGAAGCAGUCGGUUUGUUGUGACAGAGAAGGUUGAGAUUGAACGCCUACCACCUUUCCUGGAAACGCCGCCCAGUGAGCGUCCGCACCUGUUCAUCAAGAAACUGCACCAGUGUGCUGUCCUCUUCGACUUCAAUGACACCAACUCCGAGCUCAAGGGCAAGCAGAUUAAGACACAGACUCUGCACGAGAUGCUCGAGUACAUCACAACGCAGCGCGGUGUUAUCACCGAAAACGUAUACCCUGAGGUAGUCAAGAUGUUUGCUACCAACCUCUUCCGUGCUAUACCCCCGCCAGUGAAUCCGAUAGGAGAUGCAUUCGACCCGGAAGAGGACGAGCCCGUCCUUGAGCUGGCAUGGCCACAUCUCAAGAUUGUCUAUGAGUUCUUCCUCCGCUUCGUCGAGAGUCCAGAUUUCAACACCAACCUCGCGAAGCGGUAUAUCGACCAAAACUUCGUCCUCAACCUCCUGGAGCUGUUCGACUCGGAGGAUCCUCGGGAGCGUGACUUCCUGAAGACCACCCUGCACCGCAUCUAUGGCAAAUUCCUCAACCUCCGUGCGCCCAUUCGUCGAAGCAUAAACAACGUCUUCUUUCAUUUCAUCUACGAGACGGAAAGGCACAAUGGUAUCGCGGAGCUCUUGGAGAUCCUGGGGUCCAUCAUCAACGGGUUCGCGCUCCCCCUCAAGGAUGAGCACAAGUCCUUCCUCAUGCGCGUGCUCCUCCCUCUGCACAAGGCGAAGAGCCUGGCGAUGUACCACCCGCAACUCGCGUACUGCGUAGUACAGUUCCUGGAGAAAGAUUCCGCGCUGGCCGAGGAUGUCGUCUUGGGUCUCCUGAAGUACUGGCCAAAGGUGAACUCGCCGAAGGAGGUGAUGUUCCUGAGCGAGAUGGAGGAAGUGCUGGACGUUAUAGACCCAGCGGAGUUCCAGAAAAUUCAGGUGCCCCUCUUUCAGCAACUGGCGCGGUGUAUCAACAGCCAGCACUUCCAGGUAGCGGAGCGAGCCCUGAUGUACUGGAAUAACGAGUACAUCGUCAACCUGAUGAGCGACAACCUGGCGAUCAUUCUCUCGCUCGUGUUCCCGGCUUUGUACAUGAACUCCAGAUCCCACUGGAACCGAACAAUCCACGCAAUGAUCAACCCGGACCUCUUCGAUGCAGCGAUGCAACAGUACAAGCAACGCAAGAUCGACGAGCAACGACACGCCGUCGAGCGGUAUGAGGAGUGGCAGAAACUGCGGGAGAAGGCACUCAAGAACUGCGGCGGCAAACUGCCGGCAGGGUAUGUGGACCUCCCGCCGCCGCCUCCACCACCGCCUGUGGAUGACCAGGAAAUCAUGGACCUGUCAAUCGACAUGAAUGCGGUGUCUAUUGACGCGGAGGUCCCCGCGCGUCCCUUCCCUGAGGUGGGCGUGGAACAUUCACCAGGCGGAGUGGUUGACCCGACAGUGCUGCAUGACCUCCAGACGCACAGGAGCCUUGAGGACACCGUGGCACCUAACGGAGUUGGGAACGGGUCGUGAGGCGGCGUGUGCUACACCUCAUCCCGGGAUUAGCUUAGACUCUGCGCGUAGUCGGACAGUCCGUCGUUGCAAACGCGACAUACAUAUUUACUGUUGCUACACCACUUCCUUGUUGAUAUAUCCAUCUUUCCCCUCAGCUGUCGGAUCGUCUCUUACUUUUGCGUUGUGCAUGUUGUCGUUGUGCGUAGUGUACGGUCCACGGAAUACAGAUACAUGUUCAGCCGGGCUGCGCA